AUGUCAUCCACUGCUGCUGCUUCGUGUUCCAUGAAGCAAGAGACAUCAUCUCCCAAAUAUUUAUUCUAUAAAAUCAAUCAUCUCAGUCAAUUAAGUGGUUCCUCGACGUUGGUGGUCACACUACCAUCUUCCUCCUUUUCCGAUCAUCAUCAUCAUCCCUCCAAACAUUUUCUUGUUCCUAUUGAUUAUGAAUAUGAUGAUUAUAUUCUUUACAAUGAUGGAGAUGGAGGUGGUGACAUCGCUAUGGAUUCUGAUCCCAAUGAUGACGAUGUCGAUUCUCAUCAAUUAUUACUCAUUGGUGUGAAAAAUGAAUAUAGAGAUUUGAUCGAUGUCUCAAGAAUUAAAAACAUAUUCUCAGAGAAUGAUUGUACUUUUAUUGUGAUGGAGGAUGACUCUCUUUGGGUCUCAGGUAAUAACAAUUCGAAUUAUCAAUUAGGACUAGGUCAUAAUCAACCACUCACACAAAUACCAUCACCAAUUCCAUCAUUCACUUCGGAAAAGAUCAAAAAGAUUUCCAUACUUGAGAAGAGUACUGUAUUUCUAACAGAAAAUGGAAGUGUCUAUGCAUGUGGUAUUGAUUAUUAUACAAGAACAUCAUUGACAACAACAACAACAACAACAACCAACAAUGAAUCCAUUCAUGAUGAAUGGGGAUAUGAAUUGGUGGAUCCUUCAUCGUCCUUCCAUCAUCAUCAUGAUGUAUUUACCUCUCCAACUCUCAUCUUUACGAAUAUUCAUUCCAUCUCUUCUCAUACACAGGAUUAUUUGGUCAUGCUUACCAAAGAUUUUGAAUGUAUGAUUUGUGGAAGAAUAUUCCUAACACCUCAACAACAACAACAACAACAACAACAACUACUACUACUACUACUCGGUAAUCAUAGCUGCUCUACCACCAGUACUACUACUACUACUAGCACCACCACCACCACCACUACUACUACUUCUUCUCAUACACUACCUUCUCCUAUCAAAUUGAGAAUGAUACACACUCGACCCAUUCAAUUUCCAGGAAGUGAAUCAUUCAAACAACAACAACAACAACCACAGGAUUCAAAGGAUGACACAUUGAAGAGUAGAACUAAGAUCAAUGAUAUUCUACCUAUUCAUUUUGGAACAUGUACAACACUACCAAACGAAUUUAUUAUCAAAAUAUCCUGUGAUCAUCGUAGUUUGAUGAUUUUAACCAAUUUAGGUAAUAUUUAUGUUUAUGGAGAAAAUACGUGUGGUAAAUUUGGAUUGGCAUGGAUGAAUCUUGAUGAAUCUUGUCAGAUGCAUUCACAUGGAGGUACUAUUGGUAGACGUUCUUCUCAAAAGUUGUUGAAUCCACAACGAUCAAUCUCAUCCAUGAUGUGCGCACAAAUAUUUUCUAAAUCACAACAAUCACAAUCUCAAUCACAAUCACAACAACAACAAUCUCAAUCAUCAAAACUCGAAUUUAUUGAUACAUUAACUAGACAAGACUAUUUCCAAAUGCUUCAAAUUCCAAUUAUUGAUAUUGAAUGUUCAGAUCGUAAUUGUUAUUUUUUAACUAAUUUUGGAACAGUGUAUUGUAGUGGUGAAUUUGUAUUCUCUCAAACACCUGUCAAGAUACUUCUCACACACUAUGUGACUGAAUUGCUUCAUAAUGAUUUAUUUAUUGCAGAUCGAGGUAAAAUUAUGAGAAGAAAUGGAAGUAUUGUUUCUCGAUAUGUCUCUAAAUAUUUCAAUGAAAUCUUUUAUCGAAUGGAUCAUUUUGAUUUUUUAAUUGAUGGAAAAAUAGUGACUGUAUUGAAAAGUGCCAUUUAUCCAAUGGAUAUAUUUGGUAAAUCACAAUUAUUGGAUCCUUAUUUUGUGUCAUAUUCCAUUGUGACUAAAAAGAAUGUUUUUCAAGAGUUCAAACAAGACAUCUCGAAUUCAGUCAUGCAAACAACGAAUCAUAGUAGUAGUAGUGGUAGUAGUAGUGCAAAUCGAUCCAAACUCUCUGAAAUUACUUACAAGAAAUUACUUGAUUUUUUUAAUUCCAUUUCACUCUAUGAUAUGAUUCUAGGAGAUUAUGAUUUGAAACAUUUUGAAAUGAAUUUUAAAUCCACUUGUUCAGAUGCCUACAAUGCACAACAAAUUCAAUUACAAAAAUUAUGGAUUGACAAGUAUGUGUUUCAUUGGAGUAGUAGUAGUAGUAGUCAUCACAGAAGUCAAAAGAUGGUCAAAGGUGAACACACAAAGAAUCAUCAUCAUGAGUCCAUCAAUGAUUACUCGAAUUUCAAAUCAUCAUCACAAUCACGACCAUCACCAUCACUACUACUACAUCAAUCCUCAUCAACAUGCUCAACCUCAUCAUCCUCAUCAUCACUUGUUCAAGAUGAUGCAUUCAUGCGUGGAGUGAAGCAACGACUCAAAGACUUUCUCACCACUCAUCAUGUCCAUUUAAUUUCUUCUCAUCAUCAAUUCUAUGUACAUUAUAUUAAUAUUAAGAAAUUCUUUCAAAAUGCAACAAUGAUUAAUGAAUUAAUGUUUACCUUAAUGAUUUGUUUUGAAAAGAAUAUUACUGUUGGAAUUGAAGCAUUGAUUCAGAAUUUACAAGAUACCAUCUUGCAGAGUGUGAAUGAAGAGAGAAAUGAUCGAUCUCUAUCUUCUCAACAAGUCCUCAUGAUGGUUUCAAAUGCCAACAGCUCUAACACCACCACAAACACUCCUAUCACCCAAACUAGUACUACCACCUCUAACACUCCUACCACCACCACCACCACCACCACCUCUAACAAUCUCUACUUUUCAUCUGUUCCAUCCAAUUACGAUGAACUUCAUAAAAUGGUCAUUGAUGCUUUUGGUUUUGUCGAUCGUCGACAAUUACCACCACCUGCAACCUUUGGAAGAAAAAAAGUCUCUUCCAACAACAACAACAAUAACAACAUUUGGAGUGGUGAUGGUCGAUUGUUGGGAUUUGGAUCUGCUAUGGAUUCACAACAUGUGGAUGAUUGUGAGGAAUUUGGAUCUAUUGGAAUGAUCAAUGACAAGUAUUAUUCCUACAUUUCACAACGACCAGUAGAACCUUCUACCUUUGUAUUUGUUUGUGGAAUUUUAGCAGCCAUCAAAUUAUUAUUGAAAAGUGAUCGAGUUCAAUCACCUGAUUCUAAAAUAUCCAAAGAUGAAUUAAUUGAAUUUCAAACAUCGAUGAAUGCCAUUCGUGAUUCUCUCAUGGAUCAAAUGAAUUUGGAAUUUCAUUAUUCAUUCACCAACUCGACAACAAAAAAGAAUAACAAUCAUUAUGCCAAAGAAUUUCGACUCAUUCUCUACACCAUGAAACAAAUGUGGCUCAUUGGUAAACAAAUUAUUGGACAUUUACCUGAAUUUACAAAAGGCAAUCAUGUCUCUGUUUUAUUGAAAUAUUUAAUUUUAAAUGUAUUGCAACCUGAACCCAUGUGGGCACGUGAAAUAUCUGCUCAUACUCUAUGCAAUGGAAAAUAUUUGGUGUUGAAGAGAUUGGCAUCAGGAAGUGAAGGAACUGUUUUUCAGUGUGUGCCUGUGACAAGUGGUAUUAGUAAUAGAGUUAGUAUUAGUGGUGGUAGUGGUAGUAGUAAUAGUAGUAGUAGUAGAGUUAGUAUGAGUAGUAGUAAUAGUGGUAGUAGUAGAGUUAGUAUGAGUAGUAGUACUAGUAAUAAUAUGUUCAGUAAUACAACAACAGUACAACAUGUAGCAAUUAAGAAAUUAUCAGAAACAUUGGAUCGAAUCAAAUUAGAAGAAUUCAAAUGGCAUGUCGAACAAGUGAGACAAUUAUCUCAUCCCAAUAUCAUUCCAUAUUUAGAUACAUACAUUGAAAAGAAAGAAGAGGAUGAAUAUUCAUGUUGUAUUAUUAUGCCCUUCUACAAAUCAACUCUUCAUCAAAGAAUAUUAGAUUGUAAGAAACUCAAUUUGAAAUAUUUACCAAAUUGGUUAAAUGUUGCACUUCAAAUUAGUUUAGGACUACAGAACAUUCACAAACAUCAUUUGAUUUUUAGAGAUUUAAAGACUGAAAAUAUUUUGAUUGAAUUCACUAAUAAUAAUCACAAUGGUGGUCAAAGUGGUGGUCAUUCCUCAUCAUCACCCCAUCGUCAUCCUCAUUGUUCAUCAUCCUUAUCAUCUUUAGCAUCAUCAUGGUUGAAUACUACGACGAUGACGACGACGACUAGGACGACAUCUACAACUGUUGGAAAUAUACUAUUUGAUCUACAACAUAUGAUGAAUUCUAAUAAGUACCAUAAUAGUAGUAGUAAUAGUAGUAGUGAAUUUAUUAGAUGGUCAACAAGCUCGUCUCAUCUCAACAACAAUAACAACAAUCAACAACACUGUCAACAACAAUUCAUGAGAGUGGUCAUUAGUGAUUUUGGGUUAUUGAAACCAGUCCAUAAUGACAUGGAAAUGAGUUUCAUGAAAGGAACUCCCAUCACCAUCUCACCUGAAGCUGUCACAGGUGAAUUUAAAGUAGAUCAGAGUUCAGAUAUCUUCUCGUUGGGAUGUGUAUUCUUUGAAUUAUUAACAUUGGAUAUUCAAAUUGAAAUGAAAGUGAAUCGAUUGGUCACUAGCAAUCAUAACAACAACUCCAAUACGAACACGACGACGACGACGACGGCGACUACCUCUGGUACUACUUCUGGUUCUAGCUCUGGUACUCCUAACACAACAACAACAACAACAACAACAACAACAACUUUGAACUCUUCCUCAACAUCAAGUUCCACUCAAAGGAUUUACACAAAAUUUCUCAUUAAUGAAGCCAUCAAAACCAAUGAAUCUGAAACACAGUAUAUAAUUUAUCGUAAAUUGAAAAAUUCUAAAAUUCAUGAUUUUAUUAUUCGAUUGGUAUUGAGCAUGUUAAGAUUACAUCCACCAAGUCGACCCACGAUUGAUGUUGUUGUGGAUAUUUUAAAUGUAUUUAAUCAAUAUCAUCAUCCUGUUGUUGUUGUUGUUGUUGGAAAUUCAAAUACUCCUCCUCUUGUACAGGAAUGUAUUAGAAAAUAUGACAAGUUGUUAUUGAAAUUACCAAAACGUAGAAGAGGACGACAAUAUAUUGCUAGUGAUGGUAGUAGAAGUCACUUGAAUUUCUCCACUACUCUCACCACCACCACUCUGAAGAGACAAGAAUAUUUAAUAAGAGAAUAUUUGAAGAAAUAUCAUGAACAAUAUAUCAAUGACAGUAGAGGUACAAGAUUUAAAAUAUGUCAUUCUCAAGAUGAACAUUCCAAUAAUAAUAAUAAUUGUCAAUUAUUCAAAGUCAUGGAUUUAGUAGAACCCAAUCUAGGUACAAUGUAUCAUGUUCGAAAAUAUACAAAUUUGAAAGAUUUUACAGAAAUGUCUGCCAAAUUUACUCUAUUCAAACACAAAUAUCUUGUUGGGAAAAUAGAAGAAUUUAUUGGUCAUGUUGGAUUUAAUACCAAUAAUAAUAAUAAUACCAAUAAUAAUAAUAAUACCAAUAAUAAUACUACUACUAAGAAUGAAGAUCCAUUCUACUAUUGUAUUGUAACCAAAUACUAUCCCAUUUCACUUCGAACACUCUUAUUGAAUGAUUAUUCUCUUCACAACACAACAAGAAUGUCAUUGACUGCUAGAACUAGUACUACUACUAUGAAUACUACUACUACUACUAGUACUACUAUGAACACAUCAACAACCACUUCUUCUGCUCAUCUUCUGAACACUCAAAAUGAUAUCACUACAACACAUUCUCCUCAUACCACUCAUACCACCACCAUGGUUCUCUUCUCUGAAUAUGAAUUAUUGAAUUUGAUUUAUAAAAUCAUGCAAGUCAUUCAAUAUUUGCAUGAUCGACAAUAUAUUCAUACACAACUCACACUCGAUCAUGUAUUAUUAUACAUUUGUGAUAAUAAUGAUAAUAAUAAUAUUACUACUACUCCUCGCUAUUAUGAUAUUGUCUUGUCAGGUAUGGAAUAUAUUCAAGAUAUUGAUCAUGUUAGUAGUAGAAGUAGUAAUAAGAAUAGUAGUAAUAAUAAGAAUAGUAGUAAUAAUAAGAAUAGUAGUAAUAAUAAGAAUAGUAGUAAUAAUAAGAAUAGUAGUAAUAAUAAGAAUAGUAGUAAUAAUAAGAAUAGUAGUAAUAAUAAGAAUAGUAGUAGUAAUAAGGAACAUUCUCCCUCCACUGUCUUCAAAUUAUUCACUUCAAGAAACAAAUUCAUUCAACCAGAACAACCCAUUCCCAGUUCAAUCAUCACCUCACCAAUCACCUCACCAACGAAUGACCCAUCAAAUGUCAUGACGACUUUUUUGAACAAAAGCUUAGGGAUGGAUCAUUCAGGUAUGGUGUUCAUGAAGGAAGAAGAAGAUCUUUUUGAUGACAUGAAGAUUCAAUUGAAAUCAAAGAAUGCCACAUCUAUUGGUCACAUUCUGUUACAAUGUGCAAUGGGUUUGAAUAUUCGUUUGAAUGGAGUCCAAGUGAAUCAAAUCUUGAUUGAUUUAUUAAUACAUCAAAGAACAACACACAACAAGAAGAAGAACAGAAAUAAGAACAGCACCACUAACAACAACAACAACAACAACAAUAGGAAUAAGAAUAACACCACCUCAACCACGACCUCAACAACAACAUCAUCCUUACCAUCAUCCAUCCAUAAUGAUGAUGGUGUUGAUGAUGAUGAUGGUGUUGUCAUUUAUGAAAAUUUAAUCUCAUUAAGCAUUCAAAAAUUGUACCUUUCAGAUGCCUAUGACUUGUCCAAUUUAUUCCUCUUAACACCUCGCUUGGAAGAAUUAUCUCUUCAAUGUAAUUUGUUUAAUCAUUAUCUAUUUCAUAUCAUUCGAGGAAAAGUAUAUCGAUCAUUGAAAAAGUUAAUGAUUGAAAAUUCUUCAUUUACAAAUGAUGAAGAACAUACUCCUUCUUUGAAUGUUGUAUCACCAUCAUUUCAUCAAUUAGAAUAUAUUUCAUUGACAAGAGUGGAUAAUUCAAACAUUAUUGUUGAAUGUCUUGAGAGUGUGUCAAACAACUAUAACAUGAACAACUAUAACAAUUGUAACAUGAACAACUAUCACAACAUGAAUUACAUAUCACAUGGCGACUCAUUUCAUCAAUCCUCGAGUCUUGCAUCUUCUUCAAUGACUCAUUUCAUCAAUCCUUCAUCAAUCCUAUCCAAUCAAAUGUCAUAUCAUUCUCUUCAUACUUGUCAACUCAUUCAAUGUAAAUUACCAAACAAGAUUACAUUUCUUCCUUCAUUGCAAUAUUUAGAAAUUAUUGAUUGUAUUGGAAUGCAUGAAAUGAAUAUUUCAGAGAGUAUGAAAUAUUUAUCACAAAAUUUGAAAACAUUAAUUGUACAUGCAAAUUGUAAAAUAUUUAAAUUACAAGAUGAUGAUGUGACAUUCAUGUUGAAAGAAUUUCAUUGUUUGGAAUUUCUUGACAUUAAGGGUCAUACUCUACUGGAUGGUAAAUUUUUCAUUUCUCUUUGCCAUGCUCUCCAUUUGGAGUAUCUAUGUAUUGAACAUUUAAUUUCAAAUAAUAGUUUACAAGAAACGAGUGAUAUAGAUACUUUUGUGAAUGUUGAUCAAGACUCCUUUAUCUCGACUCGAAAUAUGCCACUGAUAGACUUUUUAGAACAAGUUCUCUCUGAAACUAAUGGAUUACCUUCAUACAAAAAUCACUCAAUCAAGCACUUGUUUAUUUAUGGAGACAAGUGA